GUGUGUGUAUAUAUACAUAUUACGGACACUCAUGCACACAUAUCAUCGUAUCUAUUAUGUACAAUGAAUAAACAUACAUAAAAUAUUUACCCUAAACUUUAACCUUUUUAACUCCCGCAAGCGGCACAAAAAAAAAAAACCUUGUCAAAGUCAACUGAGCCAAAAACGGAGAUGGAGGCGGGAGAUCGUGUCGGUUCCAACCCAAUUUCAACACUUCAUUUUGUCACAGAAUAAAAGGAAAACGUUCAGCUCUCUUGACAGCUCUUCAGCAUGAAGCAUCUGAAAUUUGUGCUGGUACUGGCCGUCGCGGUUAACGUCUGGGAAUGUGGUGAUGCGAAGUUUGGUGAAAAAGGUGAAUUAAGUCCAAGGAGGAGGAGAUGUCUGGAUGGAAGCACACCGAGGCGUCUGAAAAAAAGAGAGAGAAAACUGUCACUAGACAGCAGCGGCGGUAGCAGCAGCAGCGCGCAGGUUUGUCACACGUUGUACCCUCGCGCGUCUUGCUGUCACACCAGGAGAGCUACCUAUCAGAAUCUGCACCUGCGGGAUGCCCGGAUAUUUUCUGCUACCAACAACACAGAGUGUGCAAAGCUGCUGGAAGAAAUCAAGUGUGCACGCUGCUCCCAACAUGCUCAGAUUCUAUUUCAUUCACCUGACAUGGAGGCAUCUGCUGACAGAGAGCUAGUUCUACCCAAGCUGUGCAAAGACUAUUGCAGAGAGUUCUACUAUGCCUGCAGAGGUCACAUACCAGAACUGUUCCAAGCUGAUGUGGAUGAGUUUUGCCAGUACUAUGGAAGAAGAGAAAGCAGUUUGUGUUUUCCUGAUUUUCCCAGAAAACAAGUGCGGGGACCAGCCUCCAACUAUUUAGACCAGAUGGAAGACUACGAAAAAGUAGAAGAUAUUGACAGAAAAUACAAGCACAAUUGCUACUGCGCUCAGGAGAUCUUGAGGGGACUGAGGCAGCCUGUGGGGAUCGUGAACUGUGGGGACGGGUCACAGCGCCUCUUCAUCCUGGAAAAAGAAGGCUUUGUGCGAAUUCUUACCCAUGACAUGGAGCUCAUCAAAGAGCCUUUCUUGAAUAUCCACAAACUGGUCCAGAGCGGGACAAAGGGAGGAGAUGAAAGGGGACUUUUAAGCCUUGCAUUCCAUCCCAAUUACAAGAAAAAUGGAAAGCUCUACGUCUCGUAUACCACCAACCAAGAGCGGUGGGCCAUCGGACCACACGACCACAUUCUUCGAGUGGUGGAAUAUACAGUAUCCAGGAAAAACCCCAACCAGGUGGACCCCAGGACAGUGAGAACAUUGAUAGAAGUAGCAGAACUGCACAGAAAGCACCUGGGAGGGCAGCUGCUCUUUGGGCCUGAUGGCUUCCUGCAUAUUUUCCUAGGUGAUGGGAUGAUCACACUAGAUGACAUGGAGGAGAUGGAUGGGUUAAGUGAUUUCACAGGCUCAGUUCUUCGGCUUGAUGUCGACACAGAUUGCUGCAAUGCUCCGUAUUCCAUUCCAAGAAACAAUCCCUACUUCAACAGCACUAACCAGCCACCUGAAAUUUUUGCACAUGGACUGCAUAACCCAGGCAGGUGUGCAGUGGAUCAGCAUCACCAAGACACGAAUGGGAGUCUUCUGAUUCUUUGUACUGAUUCCAGUAGCAGAAACUCCUCCUCAGGCAGAAUACUGCAGAUGUUGAAGGGUAAAGAUUAUGAAAACGAGCCCUCACUCUUCGAUUUAAAAUUAACCAGUAGUGGACCCCCAGUUGGUGGGUUUAUAUAUAGAGGCUGCCAAUCAAGAAGGCUGUAUGGGAGUUUUGUCUUUGGGGACAGAAAUGGGAGCUUCCGAAUCCUCCAGAGAUCCUCAGUGGGCCAGGACUGGCAGGAGAAGACCCUGUGCUUUGGCAGCAGCAGCUCCUGUGGCAGCUCUCUCGUGGGUCACAUCCUGGGAUUUGGAGAAGACGAGUUAGGUGAGGUAUAUAUUCUGGCAAGCAGCAAAAGUAUGACCCAGUCACACAGUGGGAAGCUUUACAAACUGGUCGACCCUAAAAGGCCCCGGGUCCCGGAAGAGUGCAGGCGCCGGGCGCGCCCUCCCGCUCUGCUGCUCACGGAGUGCUCUCGCCUCUGCAAGAACGGCCACUGCACCCCAACAGGCAGGUGCUGCUGCAACCCAGGCUGGGAGGGGGACUUCUGCAGAGUGGCCAAAUGUGACCCAGUGUGUCGUCAUGGUGGCGUCUGCAUUAAGCCAAACAAAUGCUUCUGUAAGAAAGGCUACUCAGGAACACAGUGUGAGCAAACAGAUCACAGCGCUGGACAAGAAACCAGAGAAGGAAUCCUAGACCAGAUCAUUGACAUGACAUCAUACCUGCUGGACCUGACUAGCUAUAUCGUAUAGGCUAAUUGGACUUCAUGUUUCCUUCUCCUCAGACUGCUUGAAGAAACCCCGGUCUUAUCUUUCUUUCAUUGAUUCAAUAGUUCAUCUUGACUGCCAGACACCUUUUUCACUUUCGGCUCCACGAUGGACCAGUUGAUAAGCUACAGUACAUUCUGAUUCUCAUAACAGACUUGACAAAACAGAUCUCAGAAAGCAGCAGGAACAAUGAAACUGUUGCAUUUCUCCCCUCCUUUAAAAACUGGGGUGCCUUCAGUUUAAGAGUGAAGGCACUCAAUUAUAAGCCAUUUUUUCAUCUCAUGGCAGUUCUUUCUGGUGGGACUGGUUGACAACAAGUCUUAAUGGAAUUCAGAGAGUUCUCAGUGUGGUCUAUUAACUCUUACACUGAAGGAAAAAAUGUUCUUUUAAGAUAAACUCUGUAGAGGUCUUAUUAUUAGCUCUGCACCCCUACUGAGAUCAUAAAUGAAAAAAAAUGCAUUGAAAUCUACAAACUCAUUAUGCUGGGGGCCCCAGCCCUUUUAAAGUUAAUUAGAAAUCAAACAAGUUAACUUUUUACUUCUCACGUCUAUAAUUGCAAGGCUACAAGAAGCCUUUCUGGGUUUUCCCAUGAAUUCUUAAGGCUUCCAUCAGAAAGACUCUGCUCUCACUACAGACAUCCAUACCAAAUUCAAGUCGUAUCAAAGCAGAAGAAUUAUUGACUUUGAGUGUGCCUUAGGACAUAGAAAAACUCAUAGCAAAACUUGAAAAGGCUUUGAAUGUCUGCCUUCCGUGCUAAAUUUCAGGGUUCUUGAAUACAAAAAUUGUUUACUGACAUUUCAGAGAUGGCACUGUCUCCGUAUUAAAGAACUAAAAGCAACCACUUCA